AGGAGAUUAAAAGUGAAAACACUGGUCUCGCAGCAGAGCAGGUCAUUUAAGGACGACUGUUAGUGAAAAUGGCAGGCAAUACAGUAUUUCGAAAAGUCUGUGCUUUGUUUUUAGCCAUUUUCGUCGACCUUUCCUUCUUUUAUGUAUCGGGGUUAGUAGUGACCCACAGGGUAUUUGGACAUCUUGCGCGUCUCUGGGUUUCUGCGGCUCUCCGGUGUUUGGCACUGACUGCUGUAACUCUGCUCAGCCUCGGAGACGUCCGACCGUUACUGUUUCGUGUUAUUGCAACGCACAGUCUGCUGCCUGCGGUGCUUGAGACCGGGACCCAAGUGCUCUACCACGAGGAGACCCAAUGUGGCUUGUUGGCGGAUCUGCGCUGCUGGAUGAUGUGUGCCGCUGCGUCGCUGGCUGGGGCUCUGUUUUGGGAAAUCACCAUCCCGGACGCCGAAGAUGCAGCCACCGGUAAAGAGAAGAAGCAGAAAGCCAGAGUUCUGCUUGUGAGAGUCCUACACCUGUACAGACCCGACUAUCUACUGCUGCUUGGAGGGCUUGUGUUCCUCACACUGGCUGUGUUGUGUGAGAUGUUCAUACCGUUCUACACUGGGAGAGUCAUUGACAUCCUUGGCAGUCAGUACCAGCACAAUGAAUUCAUAUCUGCACUCCUGUUCAUGGGGCUGUACUCUCUGGGAAGCUCUGUGAGUGCAGGCUGCAGAGGAGGUCUCUUACUUUGUGCCAUCAGUUCCUUCGCAUGCAGAGUGAAAGUCCAGCUGUUUGGGGCUUUGACCAAACAGGAAAUUGGAUUCUUUGAGGCCAUAAAAACAGGUGAAAUUACAUCCAGGUUGUCGAAAGACACCAACCUGAUGGGGAGAACAGUGUGUCUGAAUGUCAAUGUGCUGCUGAGGACAUUCAUCAAGACGCUGGGCAUGAUCUCCCUGAUGAUGACUCUGUCAUGGAAGCUCACAUUCCUGGUGUUGAUGGAAACGCCUAUCACUGGUCUUAUUCAGAACCUCUAUGACACUCACUACCAGCGCCUGUCUCUUGCAGUACAGGACUCAAUGGCUCUGUCAAAUGAAGUUGCGAAUGAGGUAGUGUCGAGUAUUCAUGCGGUACGGAGCUUUAAUACAGAAAAACAAGAGGCUCGCCGCUAUGACGAUCGCCUGAUGGAAACACAUACACUAAGGACCCGACGGGACACUGUCAGCGCCAUUUACCUGCUUGCACGGAGGUUGACAGGGUUGGUCAUGCAGGUCCUCAUGUUGUAUUAUGGCAGGCUGUUCAUCCGAAGUGGACAGAUGACCACCGGUAACCUGGUUUCCUUCAUCCUCUACCAGUCAGACCUUGGAGACAACAUCAGGACACUUACCUACAUCUUUGGCGAUAUGCUGAACUCGGUGGGGGCUGCUGGGAAAGUCUUUGAGUACCUGGACCGAAAGCCUCAGGUCAGCACGGAGGGAAAACUCAAACCUGAUCAGCUGACAGGACACGUCAGGUUCCGUGGCGUCAACUUCGCCUAUCCAGCAUACCCCAACAAAAGAGUGCUGCAGGACUUUUCUUUGGAGCUGAAGUCAGGUCAGAUGACAGCACUUGUGGGUCCAUCCGGAGAAGGGAAAAGCACCUGUGUGAGUCUGCUGGAGCGCUUCUAUGAGCAGCAGGAUGGACAAAUCCUAUUGGACAAUGAACCACUGAAGUCAUAUGACCACCGUUUCCUCCACAAGAAGAUUGCAGUGGUGAGCCAGCAGCCUGUACUCUUCUCUGGCUCGAUCAGAGACAACAUCGCCUACGGGGUUCCUGAAUGCUCAUUGGAUGAGAUCCAGGAAGCAGCACGCAAAGCCAACGCCCAUGACUUCAUUAAGCAACUGGAGAAAGGAUAUGACACAGAGGUGGGGGAGGGUGGCAGUCAGUUAGCCAAUAGCGAGAGGCAGCGGAUUGCCAUUGCUCGCGCUCUGGUCAGACAGCCACAGGUCCUCAUUCUGGAUGAAAUCACCAGCUCUCUGGACCCUGAGAACGAAAAUAAGAUUCAGCAGGCCCUGGCUAGCUGUCCCAACCAGACCCUGCUGGUGAUCGCUCACAGGCUGAAGACCAUAGAGAAGGCACAUCAGAUUGUCCUGAUCGGUGACGGCCGAGUUCAGGAGCGAGGGACUCACCAGGAACUGAUGGAGGAGAAGGGGAGCUACUAUAAACUGAGAGAGAAGCUAUUCACCGAGGGAAGCUCUCCACAAUGACAGACUGCUGUCACUGAGCAGAGGCUUCGUUUGUAUAAAAGUGCAGAAUGUAUUUGUUUUGUCAAUAUUGAAAAUUAAAUUAAAUGGGCCUGUAUGUUGUUUUUGUUAUAUUCUGUAACGUGGACUAAAAAUAACCUUCUCAUUCUAAUAGUUUCCUUUAAAUCGUAUUUAUUUUGAAAUCACCUUUUGUAUUGUAUAUUCAUCCAAUUAAAUGCAUUCCGUUUUCCGAUGGAUCAUUGUCCACUAUCAUUUUGUUCUAUUUCAUGUCCUUGUAUAAAUGUUUGACAUGACAGCAUAAAGUUGAUGCAAUAAAUAUUCCUUUAUGAUCUGAGUGGCCAAAGGUUGUCUCAAGGGUGUGUCCGAAUAAAAGAUUGAUCCCCAGUA